AUGACUCUUCCCCAGCACAGCAGAAGAUUUCUCAGAGAAAAGAACAGCAAGACCUCCUUGCAGCGCAUCCUCGGGCGCUACGCCCCAGCCAACGAUGCAAAGAUUAACCCACAAAGCUUUACCUCGAUCAAGGUGAACAAGAACACCUCGACUAACCAAGACAGAAUGAGCAACAUGCGGAUUGCCACGAAGAAGAACGCCAAGCGUCUUUUGCACUAUUGCAGCGAUUUGCUUCAGCAGGAACUUCAGCAAGAAGCACAGCCAGAGUUUGAAAUCCUCACUGACCGCUUGGGAUACCAGUACUUGGUUCCCAUCGAGGUUUUGGGCAAAUUCAAGCGCUUGCCUCCAGUUACUCAAGCCCCCUGUCCCCCAGCAUUCCCCGACUUCCCACAGCACGUUCCCCAGACUCAGGUCAUGGCAACUGCUUUUCAGCAGGAAGCUGUGGAAGUUAUUCCAGCCCAAUUGGCUCCAGCCCAAUUGGAUCCAGCUCAAUUGGCUCCAGCCCAAUUGGCUCCAAAUAGGCAAUUCGAGCCAGCUUCGCAGCCCCAACCCUGUUCGCUGGGAUUGGCAAUUGCAAGGUCGUUUCCUCAAAACUUCCAACCACCGCUUCUGGUUCCCACCGACGAUAUGGAGUCUGACGAUGAGUUUGAGAGCCCAACGCCAGAGCUUCUUUCGCCCGUGGAGCAGCUUUCAGAAGUUCAGAAUCGCCAGAUCAUGACUGCUCUCCAGCACUUUGUUCCUGAACAUGAAUGGUCGGCUCCACAGCCGGUGAGAUGCAUCAUCACGGAGAACGAGGAAGAUACGGCGUCUUUCUUUGACGGGGCCUUCGAAAUCUUGAACUACCUCCAACUGCCUGAUUUUGAAAAUGCCUCUGAAGAGGAGGUGACCACGGAAUCCUCACCGGAGGUUGCACCUUCCCAAAAUGGAGCUACCGUUUUCAGCAGCUUCUGCACUGGACCUUCCGAAGCUCCAGCGUCGUCCGAGUACCCCGAGUGGGAUUUCGGCACAGAGCACGAGGAAAACGCUGCCUCCAUUAUGAGCCGUUCUCACAAGCUGCCCAAGAGCGAAGUGCUCCGCAGGUUCAAGAACAAGCUCAUGGCACGAGGCUGGAACGCUUCAGAAAUGGAGUUUCUGAGCCUUUAUCUCCAGCGGGCUCCACCAAAGUCGAUUCUUCGAAACGGCCCCAAGCAGGCGGUGGUCGAGUGUGAAUCGGGCUUGUGUACGCCUAGGCAGCUGCCUUCUGCUGGUCACGCCGUUAUCGACGAGGUAAUGAUCAACAGACUCGGCACCAUGGAGCUUGGCGAUUCCCCAGCCAAGAAGGUCCGGUUUGCGAAGGAGAUGGAAAGCCACAAGUACAUUCCUUCGAGACACUCGACCGAGGUGGCCUGA